AUCAAGCGACAUUAUGCCACAAAUGCUGUCGAUUGAACUUAACUUGUAUUGAACCCGAAAUAUUGCUGAAAUAACGCCUGUCAUGGUGUCUGGAACUUGGUUAUUUCAUUAAUUCUUUUUUUUAGGGUUAGGUUCGUUUUUCAACUCUGUGGAGCACAAAUCGGUGCAAUCCGUUUUCUUCUACUGUAUUGGGGGGAAGGGAGUUUGCUGACUUAGGGGACGUGGAGAGGUUGCAGGCGGGUCUUGCUCCUAUCCUAAACGGGACCAUGGCCUCCUCGUCGCACUGCUUGAAGCUCGCGUUUCUUUUAUUCUACUUUUCCUUUUGUGUUCUUGCACAGUAUGAGAAAUACAAUUUUCGCAGUUUCCCGCGGCACGAGCUUAUGCCCCUCGACUCGGCGUAUCGCCACGCAUUGGACCAGUACAACGAGGAAAAGUGGCCCGAGACUGUGGAGUUUCUGGAGGUGAGUCUCCGGCUGUACCGGCUGCUCAGAGACAGCGAGGCCUUCUGCAACCUCAACUGCAGCACGGUGCGCCUCGACGACGAGACGCGCUUCGCCGAGUUCCCCGAACUGCACGCCUUCGGUAAUGUGAUGAAGCGUGCGCAGUGUCUGAGGCGAUGUAAACAGGGGUUACCAGCCUUCAAACAGACGAUGCCCAGCCGUGAAACUAUCGAAGAGUUUGAGAAACGGGAACCCUACAAGUAUCUGCAGUUUGCCUACUUUAAAAGUGAUAAACUGGCCAAGGCUGUAUCUGCUGCGCACACUUUCCUCUUGAAGCAUCCAGAUGAUGAGAUGAUGCAGAGGAACAUGAACUAUUACAAGAGCUUACCUGGGUCUGAGGAACAUAUGAAAGACCUGGAGACCAAGUCAUAUGAGAUGCUGUUCAUUCGGGCCGUCCGGGCGUACAAUGGCGAUAACUUCAGAACAUCAGUGUCAGAUAUGGAGUUGGCACUGAGAGAUUUUUUCAAGGUGUUUGAUGAGUGCAUCGCAGCUUCAGAGGGCUCCAGACAGAUCAAAGAGUUCAAAGACUUUUAUCCUUCCAUUGCAGAUCAUUACAUUGAGGUUCUAGAGAGAAAGGUUCACUGUGAGACUGAACUUACGCCAGUUGUUGGCGGAUUUGUUGUUGAGAAGUUUGUGGCAACCAUGUAUCACUAUCUUCAGUUUGCCUAUUACAAAUUGAAUGAUUUAAAGAAUGCUGUUCCAUGUGUGGCCAGCUACAUGCUCUUUGAUCCCAAUGAUGAGGUGAUGAAGAAUAAUGUGGAGUAUUAUCAUUACCAUAGAGAAAAAUUUGGUCUCACUGAUGAGGACUUCUUGCCUAGAGCGGAGGCAGUUCGGUACCACAAUCAGACAACAUUACAGCUGCAGCUGCUGGAAUUUGCCAAACAGAAGCUGCUGCAGGAUGAUGAGGGUGAAGUUUUAGAGUUUCUUGAUGAAUUGCUUGAUGCUGAGUAAGACAAAUAUUGUAUGUACACUGAAUAAAAAAUAAUUUUGAAGAGUGAAAAGGUCACAAAGGUAUUUUCCAUACUUUACCAUUGUCACUCUUGUAUUUAUUUUGGAAUUGGUUAUUGAUUGGCAGUGUUAGAGUCUUUUUACAAGUACAUAUUGUACAUACACCAAAAGCUAAAAAAGAUAAUGAUUAAUCUGAAUAUCAAUCACUGUCAAUUCACUGUGAGAAAUAACUGCCAUGUUUUUAUAUGUUGGUUGGAUUGUUUUAAUAAAAGGUCUUUUGAUUGUU